GAGGGGCCGCUGGGCGCCGGGCAGGGCCAGCGCGGGCCCCUCCCGGAGCGCGGGCGCGGCGCGGCCCGGGCGCAGGUAAAUAAAUCCUCCCUUUGGUCCGCGGGCGGGGCGGGGCCGGAGGGGGCUGCGAGGCUCCCCGGCCCCUCCGGGGCGGGCGGCCGGGCCGGGCUUCCCGCAGCCUUCGCCGCGCUGCCUGCCCGCCCGAGCGUACGGGGCUGUGUGCGAGGGCCCGGGCGCGGCCGCGUUUGCUUUCAUAGCACAAACACGGCUGUAGUCAUGUGCUCGUCUGGAAGGACAUGUUCCCCUCUGCGUAAAAAGGCCCCCUGCUUUCAUUUUCCCCACCCGGCUCACGGUCUUACCAGGAAUUUGGGUGCUCCUCGAGUCAGACUCCAGUAUGUGUAGGCGCAGGAUGCUGACAUCCCUGUCUAUUUUAGUAGCCCAGAGUGUGACAUAAUGCCGUGGUCUUCUUACCUGGCAGUAAAGUUGCUUCUUUCAAGGAGCAGGCACCCAGACACAGCCAGUGGAGUUACACCUUCUGGAAUCAAAUAGGCCUGACAAGAGAGCCUGUGUUAGGUGGGAAUCAAUGUGUGCUAGCUGGAGUAUCGGCAGAAAUGCUGGGGUCGCUGUCAGCGUGAGGUAAGGGAAAAAACUCGGGUGUGCGUUUGUGUAGGGCAUCAUGGCUUGCUCCUGAUCUGUUCUGCAGAUACGCACAAAUGAUCCUCAUCCUGCAAAGCUUUACAGGCAAAUCUCACUUUCAGCACUGCAUACCCUACUAAUUGACUACAAAAAGUCACAGUAAGAAAGCAUCUGAAUCUUAGUUGGUCCAAUGCCCAUACACUUAAAGCAACAGUAACUUUCAUCUUGACACUUUUAUGUCUUAUUUAUUCAAAAUUAAUGAAUUAGUUUUGGGACUUAAAUCAGAAAUCUAAUGUGAAACAGAGCACUGUACAGUAGAAUGAAAGUUCUUAUCAGUCUGUAGUAGCUGGAUACAUUGUUCCUGGAGGACCUGAUCAGACUGAAGCAGGUAAUUGUUACCAUUUCAAUAUCAUGAGAUGCCUUGAUGCUUCUACCGGGCUUCUGCUAAGAUUUUCUGUAAUGAAGAUGAAGUUCAGUUUGGAGAAGAGCAAGCACUUAUGCUGGGUAGUCACACAACUCUCUAGUGGUGCCAUCCCACUGGGUCAGCUGUUGUGGCAGGGCUGCCAGGACAAGAGCAUUUGGGUUGCUGUGGUAGAUUACCAAACUUCAGCAUUAUUUGGAUCGGUGCUGCUUCUCCUGCCAAUGUAGGUGACAAGGGACUGUGGUCCUGGCUGUUUGAAAAACAAGAGAAGAGCUUAGCUUGAGGUGAAAAGAGGCUGUGAUUAAGCACUGUAUUUCCCUCAAUGUCAGCAUGCAACUGCUAACAGUUACAGGAAAUCCAGGUCUCACUGUAGAAUGGCUUGUACUGUCCCAGCUGAUUCUUUGGGUGCCACAGUUGGAGAGAGUAGUUAGCUCCAGCUGCAGCUCAGGGCUACUCAGAAAGCUGUACAGUACAGAUUUGGAUGUCAAAUGUGUUUUCUUACAGCUGUGCUGGGAUCUCAGGGAAGAAACGGUCUUCUGUGUCCUUGUGGGAGAUGGUGUGUUUGUUAUCUUCUUUUGGGCCUCUGGGGCAAUGCAAGCUGUUAUUCCCAGCUAUGUUUUUUACUUCUGUUCACAGCUCAACAAGGGCAAAUUGAAAAUGUCUUAAUUUCUGAACUUAAAGAAAAAAAAGUCAAGCAUUUAAGGACUGACUGUCUUUCCUUUUCAACGUAGUCCUAGAAAAUGUGUAGUGAGGAGAUACCUGCAAAAUUUCAGUUUGCAUUAAGUAAAAUCGUUUGGGUUUUUUUAAAAGAAAAGUAUUAUUUCACCUGACAUAUACAAAGUUGCUCCACAUCCUAGCAGGAGCCAAGCUGCUCCAUGGAGGCAGAUACAAUUAGAAGUAUUAGACUGAGUCAUGUUUGUUGUUUCCUGCUUGCCUAGUUCAGUCACGUUUCCUCUUGUACUGGAGGAGCUUGUAUCAGCCCUCUUGGAUACUCUGUUCCCUGACAAUUUCUGUACUCUGUACUGAAUUCAGGAGGUGACAGGCUGUUUUGGGGUGUCUGUGUGCCUGGCAGAACAGGCAGUGCUCUUGUAGACAGGGACAGCAUGUAGAAUCCAAGUUACACAACUUUAGACAAAACUGGAAUGUGAGCACAGAAAUCAUUCACUCCCUUGGGUUGUUAUUUGAGGCUACAGGUGUGUUUAGGACCACAGAUCCACGUCGAGGGCCAAAUCACUGCACUGCUGUGUUCUUUUUGUCCAUGUGGAUUUUGUGAGGUCAGGCAGCCACCAGGCAGCAUGCAGAGUGGGGGUGGUCUGGGUUUCAGUCUGAUGUGACCUAAGAAAGUGCCCACGUGCUGAUGGGUUUGGCUGGCUGCAGCCAGGGCUGUGUGUCACCACCAGCUGCUCCCCAGUGGUCAGUCUGCUUGGCUUUUUGUUCCCUUCCUUGUUAAAGUCCUUUAUCCUUCAUCCCGGUCCAGCUGCUGAGAUUUUUAAUGGUUAUUCAUCCUCAGGAAGUGACACAGCCCUUGAUGACUUGGUGGUGCUCCCCAGCCAGGAGGGAUGUGUGUCAGAUGGCUGCAAGGCAAACGAGUGAGUGAUAAAGAUCUUCGGAGAGCUGUCCAGCAGUCAGUUUCAGGAAAAGAAAUCCUUUUGGUGGUCUGUCUUCCUCCACUCCUGGGUGCUCCUCAGCCUCUGGCCCCACUUUGUUCUAGUGCAGGCUGUUGUGCUCAUUGCAGCUUAGUAUUUAAUGGGUUUUAAUCAGUGUUUCCAAAUGACAGUUAAAAUUAAAGAUAAUGUGUACUGUAAGCACUGUUUUGCUGUGUGCUCAUCGCUGGGUGAGCUGUUCUGGAGCUGUGGCGUGUUAGUUCUCCACACGGGAAGGAUGCCUGGGGAGCUUCCUUGUUAAAGGCACUGGGUGAGAUCAGCAGCUGGGGAAAAUCUGUGCUUCACAGAGCCAGACUCAUGUGUCCUUGCUAAGUGUCUCUUUCCCUUCACAGAAUGUGGCAUUCUUCUUCUUACCUGAUUUCACUUCUUUCUUCAGUCUUCAGUUCAAGUUUUUGCAGUCGUUUUUUUUAUUGUUUUUUUUCUUUGUUUGUUUGUUUUGUUUUCUGUAGAGUAGAAGAGAUCACUGCUGUCUUUUAGCUUGACUGUAAUUAGGCCCCAAGUUAAUUGCAGCUGUUCUUGCUGUUUGCCUUUCCCUGGGUCUAGCAGACAGGAUGUGGGAACUCUUCUUCAUUGAUAGAUGUUGGAAGGUAAUUUCAUCCUUUAGGGCAAUGAGACUGGAAAACAGGUGGGUUUGCAACAUGGAAAUGGUUAUGUUUACAUUCAGCUACCCUCUCUUGACCCUAUAGGCAAGCAUUCCUGACCAUGGAGUCUCUUUCUGCAGUUUUUUUGAGUUUUUCCUGAGUAUUGCCAGUUGCUUUGUGCAGGAAUAUCAGUCAAAAGAUAUUUCUGUGAGACAUUUUAAAGUUGGGAUAGUCUGAAACAUUUAAGCAAUGCAUUUCUCAGUUUGUCUGUCAGGGAAAGACGCCUCUGGAGAGAGGCUUUAAAAAUGUGAUCUAAAGACAAUUGCCCAGGUGAUGUUGAACCAACCAUUGACUGUCAUAUGGUAACCUUUUGAAAUUGUGGUUCCCUGUAUAUGAAAAGUUUCUUGUAGUUUUCUCUUCUUUUUGAAGCUCUGUAAAUUUCCUCCAGCUAUUGAAAUGGUGACUCUAACAAGCUUGUGUGCUCUGUCUCACUUGAUGUACAAGGCAGUAUGUCUUCUGGGGUUUUGGAAUCACUUGGGAAAAGGCUUGCCUUGUGCCACAGGAGCAAAAUACAGCCAGGAUCCAAGAGAAUGUGAUAGUUUGCCCAGGGACAGUGUCCCAGCUGAUGCUCACACUCUAUAGUUGUCCCUUGUGAAGUUCCUCCUUAUCAGUUGCUUCUCCAAGAUGGGUGUGACAGGCAAGCAGGAGUGCAGCCUUCAGUUGCUGCUCAGAGAGCUGGCCACUGCAUUGCCUGGGAUUCACAACCACUCGGAGGGAAAGUGUCUUGAACCAGGACUCUUGCAGGACUCUUCAGCUCCUCGUGCAAGCGCUUUGUGCCAGUGAUGUGCGGAACUGCAUAGACAAUGAUAAAAGCUGUGUGUGACAGCCACCUGUGCAUCCUUCUCUCUUCUGUCCACUCGAGUGUGCCCACCUGACAAAUACAGCUCAACUUCUUAACUAUUAGGUAGCACCUAAGUCAUCAACUUCAUAGCUGCUUUCAGGGAUUCUGCACAGCAAAGCCUGAUUUUCAAGCACUGUCAUUGACCUAAGUGUGUCCUGUUUAGAUUUAGGGCAGUACUUGUCUGAUGUGAGCUACCGAGCAGGUCAGAAAUCCUUGAAGCAGCAAAACCUGUAGGUUGUGAUUGUUUGAAGUACCACUGGAAGACUUUGAGGUCCCAGUCUGAGGUUGCUCAGACUGACAGGUAGAAAAGCUCAGUAGGUACUUAGCUGUGCCAGCCCCAGUGGAUUGUAUUCAGAGACAGUGCAUCAGCCUCUUCUUCAGAUACCUUCAGACCAGGUUUGUCUGAACAACACAUAGCCCACAAACUGGACUGUAGUGGUCCACGCCUACAGCAUAACAGAAAUAAAAGUCCCAAGGCUGCUUGAGUUUGCUCUGCUACCCAAUUGUUACCCAGCUGAAAGAAUCUCUCUGUUUUCCUUCUUGGCCUUGGAGUUUCAGCCCACAGUUGUAAUGUAGUGUGAGAUAAGCAGAGCUGGUUCCCACAGAAGGUUCCAGUGUGUUGGGAAGGGGAUGGGGCAAGCUCCCCAGUGCCUGAGGCACCCCUGCUCUCUAUUUGCAUACAGGUAGCUUGUAGAGCUCCUCUUGAGCUCUUGAGAUAAAAUUCUCAGAAACCGUAUUCUUUGCCAGGAAUCUGAGCUCAAGAGUCAUUAAGAGUUAAUGAGACUUGAGGGACUUUUAAUAUUACCUGUCUCUGGCUACCUUUUACUGACUGAGAGCUCCUGUAAUGUAUGCAUUCCCACAUGAACAACGUUGAUAGUUCCUUUCUGAUUCUCUCUUCUGAUUCCUCAAAUACUAGAGGAAAGGGGAAGUCUCUAUCUGUUGUGUAUCACUUGUUAAGCAUCGCUAUUAUCUGGAAGAGAGGUAGGAAGUCCUCUGAGCACCAAAACCAACAAGAUUGCUUAUCAAGUUGUGUGAAGUCUCCUUUUCUUCCUUUCUGCUUUUCCCCUCUGUUUCACAGUAUUUUCUGUGCUUUUUAAAUUUUGCCAUGCAUUGCUUGGAUAUUUUUCAUAACCCAUGAGGAUCCAGAAAAUGUAUCAGGAAGCAUAAUGAUCUCUUCCAGUGUAUGUUCCUUGGCAUUUGUCAUUCGUGACUCUUCUCUGCUGUCAUAGACUGUGCUGUCACCAGGGUUAAACUCAUGUGGCUUCUCCAAGGGAGGUAAUCUUUAGUAAAUUGAACUUCAGUGUCUCAUGUGGUAUGACCAGUAAUCCUUGCUGUUUACCUCAGCCGUGUGAGUGAUGGGGCCACUAUAAACUUGUGAUAGUAAAGACUACUCAUGUUGUAAGUGCACAUUAAUUAUCUGACUGCUGCAUGUUCGUGCUGGGCAGAUAUACAGAAAACUGUUUUUCAGCUGCUGCAAUCUCUGUGUCCAGCAGUUUUUGCUGAGUACAAUGCAGCAUGUUCCUUCAUCCUUUUUUCACUAAGACCAGUUCCCAGGGGCCUGGAUGAGCACAAAUCCAAGCUUAUGGUUGUCCAUAGCUUCAUCAAUCUAUAAUAAUUUGGGCUAAUGCUUCUUUCUUUCUUUCUCUCAUAUUCACUGCCUUAGACUGAAAAUCUUUGGAAAAGAAACAAUACAUAAAGCAAUACAUUUUAUAGUAACUUAAAAAAGAAGUUUAACUUAUCCUAUUAUUUGCCUUUUUUUACCCUUCCCAUGAAGGAAGUGAUUUUCACUGCUUUUCCUCCUGGAGGAUAUUGUGAUGAAGCUGUUUACUGCCAUGUCAGAGUUUGCUUUCAUUUGGCACCAAAUCCAUGCAGACGUCUCAAUUAAAUUUUUGUUGAGUGCUGCUGUCAGAAAGUGCCUAAUUGCAUUUAUGGAGGAUAUGUAAUUGCAGGAUCCCAGUGCUAGUGGGAAUUACUGGCAAAACUCUUUUGGUGGUGUAGGGAAGGAUGAGCCUGCCACCACUGAUGUCACCUUUCACAUGAUGUCACAUCUUUAUUGAGCAGGGCAAACAGACUAGUUGGGAAGGUAUGAAUGUUGCAGUUUGUGAACUGUGUGAUACAGGGGCCUGCCAUCUUCUCAUGACCAUGUGAUUCAGCAUCCUGCUGGCUCUGAGGUCAGUUUGUAGUUCGGCAUCACCACACUUGGCUGCAUGGUAGCUCCAGUCUCACAGGAUCCAGAGAAACAUUCAGCCACUUGAAGCCUCCGGCAUUUAAAAAUGAACUUGUUAAACCUACUCUUCAUCCCUAUGAGCUGUUUUCACACAGGCACCAUAGCCCACUUGGUCAGUGGGUGUUAGGUCUUCCCACUGAAGACAAAUUGAGUUGGUUACUUCUACCACUAUGGGCUGGAGUUGUUGACUGUGUUUGCCCGCCAAGUCCAAGUUAAUGGUGUGCCAAGGACAGAUGUGAAGCAGCUCUUUAGGUCCAUAUUGAUGUGGUAUCUUCUUAACGCAUCGCACCGCCUUGAGCCCACCGCAGCACAGGAUAUGGAGGCUCUUGAAGUGGAUGACAUUAGCCCUGCCUUGGAAGUGACUGAAGACUUUUUCAAUAGUUUUGAUACUAAGCUUGAAAAGAUUGUGCAGCCCUCUGAAGUGUAUGGUGUACAGGAGGUCCCGGAACUGGUUGGGCAUGAGGUAUUUGAUCAGAUAACAGAGAGCAGGAACCUGAGGAACGUCGCCUCCUUAGCCAAAAGUAGCCUCCUCUGGGAUCACUGCAAAAAUGGCCUCUUGGAAACCAAAGCUCAGACUGUGUUCCCUGCCAAAGACCAAUGCAUGGUGCAGAGGGGAACAGCUGCUGACAACCUUGCUUGGGCAGGAGAGGGGGACACCACAGCUUUUAAUAUCUUCAAGAUCUGCCAGCGGCGGAGGGAUAGGCCUCGCUCGGUGAAUGACAUCCUGGUGCAGAGUGAGGAAGCCUCCAUGUUCAAACCAGGUCACAACAGGUCACGCUCUGAUAUCAGCCAUGUGAACUGGAGAGUGGUCUUCACAGGCACCUCCCUGCAGCAGCCACCUGCACCUGGUCAGGACAAUAACUGUGCUCUGCUUUCCUACCUGGCACUAACCAAGGGAGAGGAUAUCCAAGGAAACACAGAACACAAGACAGUGUUCUCAAAUCUUCUGAAGAAGGGAUACUUGGAAGUUAGAAGAGACAAUGACAGCUACUGGCAAACCUGUUACGCUGAACUCUCUCAGUACAAACUGUACCUGUAUUGCUUGGACAGCAGUGGCAACCAGACUCUUCCCACCGUGUAUCCACUCAUGCGUUUUCAAAGGGUCGCUGUUACUGGUGGCAUUGAAGCCAAGGUGGUGGAUGCUGUCCUGUCAGACAGCUCACAGCUGCAGCUGAAGGCUGAGUCCUCCUGGGAGACUUUGGACUGGGGACAGAAACUUUGGGAAGCGGUGCAUGCUUCUGGGCCUGCUUUUACAAGACAGCAGGAGAAACUGGAGAAUGUGCCAAAGCCUGAAAAUAACAGUGACCUUUCUCAAACUAAUGGAUUAUUAGAGAAGCCUAUGGAGCUCUUCCUAUCCAUGAAUUUGACUGAAAACACUAAAGAGUACCAAAAUAUUCUGAAAUCGGGGACUCUUUACAGGUUAACUGUCCAGAAUAACUGGAAGGCAUUUACUUUUGUCUUGAACAGGUCUUGUCUCAUGGCAUUCCAGCCUGGUAGGCUUGAUGAAGAUCCCCUGCUGAGCUACAAUGUGGAUGUGUGCCUGUCGGUCCAGACAGAUACUCAGGAUGGCUGUGACUCUUGCUUCCAGGUCAUUUUUCCCCAGGAUGUGCUGCGCCUGCGCGCGGAAACGCGGCAGAGGGCCCAGGAGUGGAUGGAGGCACUGAAAGCAGCAGCCAACGCUACUCGAAGUUUGACUCAGAACCCACAGGUCACGCUCAGGAACAAACCUGGAGAUCGGCCCUUUGGAAAUGAUCUUAGAAAGACCAAGCGCCAGUCUGUGACCACCAGCUUCCUGAGCAUCCUGACCACACUGUCUCUAGAGAGAGGGCUCACAGUUCAGAGCUUCAAGUGUGCAGGCUGUCAGCGCUCCAUAGGGUUGUCCAAUGGGAAAGCCAAGGUGUGCAGCUACAGUGGAUGGUAUUACUGCAGCACCUGCCAUGUGGAUGACAACUUCCUUAUCCCUGCACGGCUGGUUCAUAACUGGGACACUUCCAAAUACAAGGUAUCAAAGCAAGCCAAAGAGUUCCUGGAAUAUGUUUAUGAGGAGCCAUUAAUUGACAUCCAGCAGGAAAAUCCCAUGUUGUACAAUCAUGUUGAACCUCUGGCAACUGUUGUCCGCCUGAGACAGCAGCUGAAAUCCCUGCGAGCCUACUUGUUCAGCUGCAGGGCAGCAGUGGCUGAAGAUCUGCGUAGAAGGAUCUUUCCCAGAGAGUAUCUUCUUCAACAAAUCCAUCUUUAUUCUCUGGCAGACCUUCAGCAGGUUAUUGAAGGAAAGCUGGCUCCUUUUUUGGGAAAGGUGAUCAAGUUUGCCACCUCUCAUGUGUACAGCUGCAGCCUUUGUAGCCAAAAGGGCUUCAUCUGUGAGAUUUGCAACAAUGGAGAAAUCCUUUACCCCUUUGAGGACAUUUCUACAAGCAGGUGUGAAAGCUGUGGUGCUGUCUUCCACUCUGAGUGCAAAGUGAAGGCUGUACCAUGCCCCAGGUGUGUGCGUAAAGAAUUGCAGAAGAAGCAGAAAUCCUUCUGGAGGCAACUGAAUAUGGACGAGAACUUUGAAGAGUCUUGCAACAUGUUUGAAUUGUCAUAUCAGAACACAUGAGGUCCUUAAGGCAGUGGCCAGCCUGAAGAGAAUCCCUCUCCCAGCUGCCAGCUCAAGCAAAUUCUCUGCUUAGACAGGCAGAAAUUGUUUUGAAAAAUAUUACCUGACCUUCUUCAUCUGUGAAAUAAGAGCUGCCAAAGUGGCCAUAAAGCCUUGUUGGCUUUGAAAUACCAAUGGCUAAACUGCAUUUAAGUCCAGCCUUUGACUCUCAUUCAAAAUGUGGUUUAUGAGAAAUGCUUUAGGUCUAGCUAAUUAAGUACCCAACUUUCUUUUUCACCUCUGGGAACACUUUAUCUCAAGGCAGAAAAUAUUUGCUGCCAUGAUUGCAUUAUUUUUUAUGUUGUUCGUUUAGAGUUGAUGAACCAUCUACUUAUUUAUGUGUAUUAUUUAUUUAUUAGUAGCCUUGGCAGAGCUUCUGGUGAGGUGUUUCACAGAACCCGAUAGAGCAGGAAUUAUUUUUAAUCCACUGUCUCCUUCUGAUAUGGACAUGUAGUUUCACUUCCUCAUGUUUUCAGAGAACUACCUUAAAGGAUCUCCCUUAAACCUUAUUUGGGGUGCUUGCAAACAGAAGACACAGAAUAAUUCCUUCAGUUAUGUUUAUAUAUUUAUAACCACCCCAGUGAACUGCUCCAUAUUCAGAUAACCAUGGGACUUGCUACUCUUUCUGUUCAGGCUGGAAGUAUCAGUUAAGCUCUGUCACUGAAGUCCUUUGAGAUUUGUGCUGGUUGCUCUUGAUUCAUGGCAGGCUAUGUCCUUGUCUGUAGUAACAUGAUGUUGGUUCUCCUCCUUCCAGUCUGAAACUUUAGGGCAUUUUAAGUGUUCACACUGGUUUUCUUUUUAUUUCCUGAAGUUUACUUCAAAUGUUUUUCUAAUCUGAACCUGUUGAACUGAUAGUUAGGAAAGUGGUCUUGCCCAUUUUAAUUAGCAAAAAAUCUCCAAAAUUGUGAAACGCUACUUUGCUGUUUUCAUAUGCAACUUGUGUCCUACAUUCUCUCUGAGCUCCGAGGCAUUUAUAGUUCUGUAAUGACUUCCAUGGUGGACGGUGAAGUUCCUUGAGGUAUGAUUCUGCUUCACACACCUGGAACACAGGGAAGUAUAAAACACAGUGAAUUAUUUUGUAAAGGGAAGUACCUGAUGGAUUUAACUGGGGAGGUGUGUGUCGUUGCUGGCAGUAUGUUUAAUUCAUGGCGAAUUCACUUCCAAUGAGCAGUUAGAUUGUCUUCCCCUCAUUUCACAUUCCUGACUCUUUUCCACACCCUGCAGUGAUAUGUGUAUUACAUACCUAUGAAAGCAUUCAUAUGUAUAUAUAUAUAUAUACAUACACAAACACACACACAUCUAUAUAUAGAAAGUAAAUAUGUUUUCAGAAGAAUAAUGCCAGUUGCAUGUGUAUUUUUCCUCUCCUCUCACAUAGGUUUGUGAAAAUAUGGAAUACUGAUUUUUGCUUUCUAUAUAAUCUACAGACUGUUGUUUUCAAGGCAGAAAGCAGUUUUGAUUGUUGAAGCAUCUCACUAAUUGCUGAAGUAUUUGAAAUGAAAGAACAGGGUACAUCAUGCUUACAUUAAAAGGCAAAAUGCUGCAAUGAGUUGCCUUGUACUGGAAUAUAAGUGGUUACCUUUUCCAGCCUCCAGUCAAAGAAAAAAGUAGCUUUCUCAAAUUUGAGUGCAACUACUAUAUGUAAAUAUAUAUGCAGAAGCAUGUUUAUAUCUCUAUACAUUAGACAACCAGUGCCUUUCUUUUGCAGAAAUUCUUCCUUCAUUGGGAUUCUUUAGAAGGAAGUGAGGGUUUUUCCAUGUUCUUGGCAAAGUGCUGUAGGGAUUCCCAUACUUAAUAAACAUGGUGAAUCAUGCACCUUUGUCACCAAAAUUAAUACUUCCCAUACACAAUGGUGUCUCUGUCUCAGCUCACUGUUCCUCAUGUGAAAAUGAGUUGCUUUUGGCUAUCACCCUUAAAGGUAUAAUGUUCCUUGCAAAUCCAUUCCCAUGCAAAGAAUUCCCUGUGUUCAGAAAUGCAAACACUGGGGAAGUAUUGUGGAAUUAGUCAGGCAAACAGGAACUGCACUGGUACUGGCUGAAUAAACAGAACGCUCCCAUGUUUUUCAGCUUGUGUCACUACAAUUACUGCUGUGGCAAAGCCAGUAGCUCUGAAACUGUCAGCAUCUGGCAGGUACUAUUUUGAAUUAUCUGUAGACAUAAUGUUAGGUCAUUAAAAAAAAAAUGGUGGUGUUUUUCAUAUCCUCAUGCUCUGGUAUUUAUAAUGCCUCACAGUGCUUGUUCAUGUCCAGCUCAGUUUGGAGAAGGCUGCUUGAGUGCACUGUCAAAAACCAUGCGGAGUCAAGGAAUCAAGGUUCAGACAUUGCAGAAUAUUAGUUACUUUGACAGAUGUCCUGUCUAGAAAGUACCAGCCAUGUGGGUGGUUAGAUAUUGGAAUUGAACGCUGGAAUAACAACAUAGACAGCAUUGGAGUUGCUCUGGGUUUGUACAUGUACUACAGAACAGUUUCUUUGCUAACAGAGAUUUAAAGGAUAAAAAGUAUGAUGUUGGCAAAACUGCCGAAAUUAGUCAUGGGUCUGAAACCACUGCCAUUAUAAAUGGCAUAGAGCAAGAGCAUGUUAUGGUAUUCUGUCAGUGCUCCGAGCUUUAUGUAAAAGGAUACUAUACAAUACAAUACAGAUCAUGCUAUUUGCUUUAAAUCCAGUGUUGUAGUAAACUAGCUAGUUCCUCAAAUGAAUAGACAUUAAUUUCUACUUUGGAAAAGUGAUACAGCUUCACAGUAGCUCUAGGAGCAGGCUGUAAUGUGGAAGAUGAUGUCCUCUCAGGGAUGCCUAGCUCCUAUCCAAAACCAUUUAUUCCUUAUAGGUAAGAUAAAAUAUUUUGUCACCAAUUUUUGUAAGCAUAAUGAAAGGCUUAAUCCUGCCCUCAGUCGAUUUUCUUGCAGGAGCCAUCUGCAAGCAGGAGCCUCAGCCUGGGGUUCUGCAGGUGGUUUGGGUUUCAGACAGCGCUGUACCCUUGCAUGGUUGUCUCUGCUGUAUCACCAGUGCUCCGUGCUGGUCCCUACUGCUGCUGUCUGCCCAUGCUGCAGCCCACAGCCUGCACGUGGCUCUGCUCUGCAGACUUCUGGAUGAGCAUCAGCUGGUAGAGUUCCUGGGGGCUUUGCAGAUUGCAUGACUCUGCCCACUCUCUCCCCCCACCCCAGGUGAAAUUAUGCAUUAGUACUUCAGACUUGUCCUACCCAUGUGUGAAAUAAAUUAGAACGAUGCCAUUUCAUUGUGAAUCAAGAAUAAAAUAUGCUGUUUGUCUUCUUCAAAGAGAAGAUGCUUUCAUAACUGACUGAAAAGAAAUUGUUCUGUAAUCCAGUUACUGCUUUUGCUUUGUACAGAACUCAUUAUCAGUUUAAAAAUAGGGUGCUUAACUGCAGUGGACCAUAGCUUCACUCUCUACAGGUACUUACAGUUGUUAGUCUGAUAUUAUUUAAAUCUAGGACACUAUCGAGAUCUUUCUUCAAGUCUCUUUUCCUCUUUACCCUAACCAUCUACCUUUCCUUUAAUGGGAAGAUGGGCCUAUUUAGGGGAUGCAAACUGCAGCUCUUUUUGUAUUAUCAAUCUAUAAAAAGAGAAAUUCGUAUUUCUUGUGUAGGAAUCCUCCUACUGCUUUUCUUGUUUUUUGUCUGUCUUAUGUGGUGGAAAAUGAUGGGUUUGUGAUAUGACAAAAUAUCCUGGCUGGCACAUACCAAUAUGAGCUUACUGCUGGGAUCCAUAGGAAUUGGUAGGUAUGAGGGAAGGUACUCUUUUGAGAGGAACUUAAGUUUUUGCAGUACUGUGCAGGCUCUGAUGGCCCUGUUAGGAGUGAAUCAUCAGGGUAUCUCUGGAGCUCCUCUUGUCAAGGCUUCUCUUAUUAUUAGCAUAGUGUGUGUAUUACAAUAGUUUGAUGAUAAUGUCUUGAAAGAUUUUUAAAAAGAGCAGAGGAUGUCUGUUUACAAUGAAAUGGGGAAGCUGCCCAGUUGAAUUUUGCUUUUACCCUGUAGCAACAGAAGCCACUGAGUUUCCUAAGCUUCCCAGAGGUCACUGCCUGGAUUGCAGCUGACUGUUGAUCUGUAUUAAAAAAAAAAAUAAAUUGAAUAAUUGCCAUAAUUUUCUAAUUUUUUUUCUGCCACUGAGUUGCAAGCCAGUCUCCCCUCUCUCUCCACUGUCUCUGUUCCUCACCUUACUCAUAGUACUGAGCCUAUAGCCAGGCUUGGAGCUUCAUAGGUCAUUGUGUUGCUUUUGAACCAGUUGAGUCCGGUCAUUCUCUCCUUUGUAAUUUGCCUUCCAAUUUUCCCUUCCCAAUAGGAGUGCCUUACAGUACAGUAUAUUAGUGUCUCUCUUCCUGUUUUGGAUUUCCUGAUUGCAUCUGCUGUUUUAUUAACUUAAACCGAAACGCUCCUGUGGCUGGGCCUGCUCUUUCGCAGGAGCAGCUGAAUAAAUCAGUUUGCUUGUUCUGCCCGCAUGAAGUUAGCUCUACAGGCUUCAUAUACCAGCUCUGAAGACACCAAGCUGUGUGGGAACUCCUCACUUUUGCUCAUUUUGGUGCCUUAAAUUUUGAGAAGUGAAUGAUUUUUUUUAGAAAUGCUCUGCCAUGAUGCAAUGUGUUUGGCAUUGGAGCUUAAAACCCUUGCUCAUGACAGUUUCCAUCGUGCUAGGAAUGGUAACCAUAACACUUGUUUAUUGUCUAUGUUUUUGUGAGGGCAUUAUUUUUGAGAGAGGAUAGUGUGGAGAUGGUAUUGGUUCUUAUGAUGUGUAUUUUUGAGACUUGCUGGGCUGCUUAGCCUGAGAUGCAGUUGUGCAAGACCUUCAGAAGCUGUGCAUGUAUAAUAAUGUCAAGUACAGAGAAUUAAAACAGGGUCAGGUCACAUGCAGUUUUGCUCCUCCUGGCGCCCCUGGCCAGUCCACACUACAAGGCCAGGGACUCCCAUACUGAGCCCCCUGCUCUCUUGCACAGCUGGGUCCAGUGCUGUGGGAGUGAAGGUGUUUCCUCAAAGCUCAAUUUUAAUACAGCCUGCCUCCCUGGAGGCUGACCCAGUGCGGGUUUAGUCAGCCUCACCUCAGAGAGAGGGUUAGCCCGUUGCAAUUUUAGCAGUAUUUGCUGAAGUAUGUGGCAUGUGUCAGCCUGGGGCACAAGUCUAUACUAACUGUGAUUUCGUAAGUCCACACUUGACACCAGUAGCAGAAAUCCCCUUAACAGCAGCAGUGCUGUUACUGCAUUUUAGCAGUACAGAGAGGAGACAGCCUGGAUAAUAAUGUGCAAAAUCCUUCUUUACUUGAAAACCCUGGUGUGGCCGUGAUGGCUUGAGUCAUAUGUUAAAAUGCCAAUUUCAUCCAAAUUCCCUAGGGUGACCAUUAAUCCAAAUUGCAAACAUGCCACUUGUGGUCAGCAUCAGAGAUAUCUAGGUCUGGAGAGCUAUCGGCUGUCUAGGACCAAAGUGUAUUAGACUUUGUCUUUGUGCACAGGUGUCAGUGGCUCAAUUAUUUAUUUAUUUAUUCCUGUCUAAUCCACAUGUUAAACCAUUAUGAAUCCUUGAAUACACAGCAUUGUUUUGGUGGAAAAAAGGAUUUGUUUCAGUUUUGCUUAUGCACUUGUCUACCAAGUUGAUUUUGCUUAAACUAAACUGUGCUUUCAGUUUGGAUUUUUAAUUAAUACCUGUGAUACCAAGUUACCUUACAUGAGUCCCUGCUAUACUUGAGGUAAGCAAAAGUAAAUUCAUGAGCAAAAUGUGUGUUUCAUAGGUAUUAAGUGAUGAAGGCAGCUUGCAAAUCAACUUUAGUUCAGUCAAGGCAGUUAAAAGCCAGGGAAAGCCAGGUGUGAGCAGCAGAGCACAGUGGCUGAUGUGGUCCCUGGCAGCCUGGGGUUACCUUCCUGCCAGAGCACCAGCUCACCUGCACCAUUUCAGUGAAUUUUAGCAUUGCUGGCAGUGCGCCCUGAGUUUUUGGAAUACCCUUAUGUGUGUGUGCUACUGUGUUAACUUAUUUGCAACAUUGUUAUGUGUAUUUCAUUGUUGUUGGUUUGGGUUUUUUUUACUUUUGACAAGGAUAUUUUUUUAAAUUAUCUGCAACUACUGGGCAAUAGUCUUAAUUUAUUAUUGAUGUGUAAUGAUGUUAUAAUUUGAAUGCAUUGAGUUUGAAUUGCUUGUUGACACUUGAGCAGGGUUUAUUUGGGUUCACUUGUGACUGCAUCAGAGCACCAGUCCCUCCUGUAUAAAGGCAACUCUCAAUAAACACUAAAAAAAUGUUACUCGUCCUUUUUAAUUUGCCUUCUGGUGGGUACUGUACCACAGGUAGGGCAAGGCUCUGAAAGAGU